UAACCACCCGCCCCACUCUCUCUCUCUCUCUCUCUGAACUGGCAUUUGGGCCAUCGAUCACUGGUAACGCGCCCGCUCACUCACUCGCAUCACACUCCGUAACUCCCCGACCCCCGCGCGCAUGGGCGAUCCCCGGGCCCGCACGUCCACCGUCGCCGCCGGCGAGCUGCGGCCGCCGGAGCCGCCGCUCGACCCGCUCGAGUUCCUCUCCCGCUCCUGGAGCGCCUCGGGGCGCGCGUUCGCGCCACCGCCGCCGACGCCGCCGCCGGCCGCGCACGCGCUCGCGGCCAGCCCCAUCGCGGAGGACCCCUCGUGCGAGUUUGACGACGGGGUCGCCGCCGCCGCCGCCGCCUCCGGGAGCUCCUUCUCCUUCGCCUCCGCGGCCACGUCGCAGCUCAUCAUGGAGCGGAUCCUCGCGCAGUCCGAAGUGGCGCCGCUCACCUCCGGCCGGCUCUCGCACAGCAGCGGCCCACUCAACGGCGGCGGCUCUCUCUCCGACAGCCCGCCGGUCUCGCCGGAGAUCGAUGACGCAAAGUACUGCAGAGCGGUGAGCACGCCGAAGCCGCAGGCCUACCGGGCGGGCAACAAGACGGUGGGGCGGUGGCUCAAGGACCGCAAGGAGAAGAAGAAAGAGGAGACGCGGGCGCACAACGCGCAGGUGCACGCGGCGGUGUCCGUAGCGGCAGUGGCGGCCGCCGUGGCCGCCGUGGCGGCGGCGACGGCCGCAGCCUCGGCGUCCGGCAAGGACGAGCGGGCCGCCCGCACGGACAUGGCCGUGGCGUCGGCGGCGACGCUCGUGGCCGCGCAGUGCGUGGAGGCGGCCGAGUCCAUCGGCGCCGAGCGGGAGCACCUGGAGGCCGUGGUCGGGUCGGCCGUCAACGUCAGGACGCCCGGAGACAUCGUCACCGUCACCGCUGCUGCGGCCACCGCGUUGAGAGGCGCGGCCACGCUGAAGGCGAGGGCUCUGAAGGAGGUGUGGAACAUCGCGGCCGUGAUCCCGGUAGAGAAGGGCGCGGUCGGCGGCGGCGGCGGCGGCGGAGGAGGAGGGCACAACCAGAAGCACGGCGCGUCCAAGCAGCAGCAGCAGCAUCGCAAGCUGGAGAGCAACGGCAGCAGCGUCAGCGACGUGUCGCUGGAGGAGGAGAACAACUUCCUCGGCAUCUGCAGCCAGGAGCUUCUCGCUCGCGGCACCGAGCUCCUCAAACGCACACGGAAAGGCGCUCUGCACUGGAAGGUCGUAUCGGUGUACAUCAACCGGAUGGGCCUGGUGAUGCUGAAGAUGAAGAGCCGGCAUGUGGCGGGGACGAUCACGAAGAAGAAGAAAAGCGUGGUGAUCGACGUGUGCAGGGACGUGCCGGCGUGGGCCGGGCGGCACCUGCUGGAGGACGGCGAGCACCGGCGGUACUUCGGCCUGCGGACCGCGGAGCACCGGGUGAUCGAGUUCGAGUGCGGCAGCCAGCGGGAGCACGAGAUGUGGAUCAAGGGCGUGGCGCGGCUGCUGAGCAUCGCCGGCGAGCGGAGGCGCCUGGUGGCGUGACCUGGCCCUGGUCCUGGACUGGACAUUGGCGGCCUGCGUGCUCGUUGUUCGGUCGCCUCGUGCCGUCACCGUUCGUUCGUCGGCGACCGCUGGGCCCUGGGGCCUCCAUCCACCGUACCGUCCGUCGCUGUGCUAGGCUGGAGCACAUGCGAGAGGUGGUGGAAGGCAACAGAGCAGAGCGGCAUGGGCAUUUGGCGGGAGGAGAGGGGUAUGUAGCUAUAGGAGGUAGGGUUGGCAGGAUCCUGGUGCUGCUAGGGCACGAGGUUUGAAUCCGUGUCGGUGUGUUUUCUUUUUUUUUAUGGGAGGAUGCGACGCCGGUUCAUGGGGCGCCAUGCCUUGCGGUAGAGAAGAGCUCUCUGCCCUAUUGUUCUCUCUUCUCUUUCACUCUCUUGUAAGUUUUGCUUCUACUCUUUUUCCCUUUUUCUUCCAUCUCGUUCGGGGUGUGGCCAUACUGGGACUGUAGCUGGUGAAAGAUAAAUGCUUUGUUCUGGUAGUAGCAGUAACUCUGUAGUGAGUAGUUACCGUAGUAAAUUAGCAAGCGUCUGUUCUGUUC